UGCUAAGACAAGAAAUCCUGAAUAUAUCUCAAUAUUUGUACAAUUCUUCACCUUUCACUAAAGCUAAACUGUUUCUACCGUUGACAACACAGAAUGGACCACCAAAACCUCACCCCGUCGACCUAACCCGUACACCACCCGCCAAUGGUAACAUGUCUACCAGAGUGACCAAAGGUCAGUGCUGUGUUGCCAAGUCACCAGAGCAGUGUCAGGCCACACAAUGUUGUAAUGACAAAAUGAACCGAGAGUGCUGCAAGAAUCACAACAGGAACCCCAAUGAGCUGGGCAAGGAUGCAUUGAAUGCUGUGUCGGCACAGGAAUAUCCAGCCGCCCAUGGACAGGUCAUUGUCUUCAUGAGAUACAAGGCUGAGAUGGACAGACGUAUCAGGAAUGCACUCAUUCGCAUGUCAGGCCGCAUCAAGCAGUACGGACCUGGGCACAUUGUUGGCAUAGCCAAUAAGGUAACUGUGGUGGAGUCUCCACCACACAGCGAGUGGCUUCAGAGGGAUGACUGGUGCUUUGCCGUGUUUGCCUUCCCCAACGAACGUCUGGCCAACCUUUGGUAUGUGAGCGAGCCUGAACUCCGGCAGCACGACUUCUUACCUCCCAGUGACGGCGUGCAGCUCUUCUCUAUGGAGAUAAGAUACUUACCACAGAUGGGUAAAAAUACAUUUAACUGGAUGGAACUAUCUGACAUCAAAAGUAAAUCUUAUCUUCAGUCGGAAUACAUUGACAAGGCUGCCAAAUUACUGGAUUCUAAAUGUGUCAACCAUGGCGUUGUCUUUGUCAAGGACUCUGUAGUGGAUGAUAAAGUGAACAGAAUGAAAGACACGUGGAUUCCUUACAAGACUAUGACAAACUUUGCUCUGCACAUGUAUACAAACGAGGACCAGUUCUGGAGUAUUUACAACAGUGCUGAAUAUCGGCCACUGAGAGAAGCCAGACAUCAACUCUGCAACACUACAUCCUUGCUGUUCACAGUGGAUCCUCGCAUUGCCUAAACUUGACUAGUCACAAGUAGAGUUCAAGGUCUUGAUGAACUUGUUACGUAUUGCCUUUAGUGUUUAAUACGUGUUAAAAAAAAAAAAGACAAUGCUUUUUUUUUUCUUCCUUUUUUUACGCUAUUCAUUCUUUACAAAUGAUUGAUUAGGACAAUGGCUUCCAUACAUCUGAACCAAAUAUUACAAUAUGAGCUUAUAUAUUGAUAUUGUUGCUGUUGGAAUAUGUUCUCAUUUCAUUAAUAGUGACUCUAAUUUACCUUUUUUUUAAAAUACUUAUUAGAUAAAGAGAGUAUUUUCCCUUCCUAAUAUUUCUUCUAACCCUGUGUUUCACAAAGGGGAACAAUUUCAUUUUAGUUGAUUUUUGGUAAAAAUUCUUUGUAACAAAUAAAAAAAAAAAAAGUUGUACUCAAAUAAAGGUGGAGACAGUCAUUGUGAGCAAAGAAUUUUAUUUUAUUUCUGAAACUGGACAGGCCGCAAGAAAUAUUUUGAAACAAUGUUGGUCCAUGAUCAUGCGAUAAAUCUUUUUUUAUUCAGUCUCAAACAAUGUCUAGACAUUUGAUAACUAUAUUUAUUAUUGUGUACAAUGUAGAUAGAAUAAACAUAUGAAAACAU